UUCCAUGACGUCACGUAACAUGACGUUUUGACCAACCAGAGGCUCUCUUGGCAACGAUAACUCCAUGAGUCUUCGAAUAAUAGCAACAGUGUGUACCUACAAAACGCAAACAGAAUGUAAAUUUUCACGAAAUCUGUCUUAAAAAGAAACGAUAAUUUGUGCACUUGGAUUAAAGAACAAUAUGUUUAGUCGAUAGCAAAGGAUUUAAACGGAAAAAGAAUCUUUCAUGCUGUGUAUCGGAACAUGUCAACUCGCGUAAAGCCAUUGCCAGUGCCUGUACAAAGGACUCGAUCUCUUUUGACUACAGGCGACAUGUACACUCACACGAUUGAUGGAUCGCAUCAUCUGCCACCGCUCACAAGCCAGACAGUUGGAGGAGCCUCGCACAGUGCCCACGUGAGUACUCAAGGUCCUAAAGUUACUCAGCUUUACGAAGAUCAUAAACACCAUGGGAAAAGUGAGCAUAACCAACAUGGCGUCGUUCCGGAAGAAUCAUCGGCUUUACCGGUGGUUAGACCAAGUUCUAGUGCUGGAAGCAUUGGUUCCAAGUCGGGCUCUGCAGCCAGGAGAAAUAAUGCUAUGAGCCCAGAGACUGCCAUGAAGCAGUACAUGCAUAAACUUACAUCGUUUGAGCAUCAUGAAAUUUUCAAUUAUCCUUCUAUCUUCUUUGUUGGGCAGAAUGCAAAGAAGCGACAAGGGGUUGUUGGUGGUGCAAAUAACAAUGGUUACGAUGAUGAAAACGGAUCUUACAUUCAUGUACCACACGACCAUAUAGCUUACCGGUACGAAGUCUUGAAAGUGAUUGGAAAGGGAAGUUUUGGCCAGGUGGUGAAGGCGUACGAUCACAAGGUUCAAUCCCAUAUUGCCUUGAAAAUGGUUCGUAAUGAGAAGAGAUUCCAUAGACAAGCUCAGGAAGAAAUCAGGAUCUUAGAACAUUUAAAGAAGCAGGACAAGGACAAUGCUAUGAACAUUGUUCAUAUGUUAGAGCAUUUUAGUUUUCGCAAUCACAUUUGUAUAACAUUUGAAUUGCUCAGUAUGAAUUUGUAUGAACUGAUAAAGAAAAACAAAUUCCAAGGAUUUAGUUUACAGCUAGUUAGAAAAUUUGCACACUCAAUUCUGCAAUGUUUAGAUGCGCUGUACAAAAAUAGGAUCAUUCACUGUGAUCUCAAACCUGAGAACAUUCUAUUGAAACAGCAGGGCAGGAGUGGUAUUAAAGUGAUAGACUUUGGGUCCAGUUGCUAUGAGCACCAGCGCAUAUAUACAUACAUCCAGUCAAGGUUCUACAGAGCACCUGAGGUGAUUUUAGGGGCCAAGUACGGAAUGCCAAUAGACAUGUGGAGUCUAGGCUGCAUCUUGGCUGAGCUCCUGACAGGGUAUCCCCUAUUCCCUGGUGAAGAUGAGGGAGACCAACUGGCUACAAUCAUAGAACUACAGGGAAUGCCACCCCAGAAAUUGCUCGAUCAAUCAAAAAGGGCUCGUAACUUCAUCAGUUCAAAGGGGCAUCCACGCUACUGCACAGCCACAACUCUUCCAGAUGGAAGCACUGUUCUCCAGGGUGGACGGUCACGACGCGGCAAGACAAGGGGACCUCCAGCAAGCAAAGAUCUGGUAACUGCUCUUAAAGGGUCAGAUGAUCCACUGUUCCUUGACUUCAUGCGCCGCUGCCUUGAAUGGGACCCCACUUCAAGAAUGACUCCAGGACAGGCGUUGCGACAUGCAUGGCUUAGGCGUCGCUUGCCAAAACCACCUCCAGCAAAUGAGAACCGUCAGGAUUCCGCGAACAGGAAAAAGCUGGCCACAGCAAACACAAGUACAAUAGUGUCUAAAAUUGGAAGCUCCUCAAGUGGAAAGGCCCGUCAGCAGUAUAUUCAAGACAAUGACCAAAUAAUGAACACUAGAACAAAAUUACCACAGAUUGGUUCUACAAUGUAGUACUUAUGGAUUGAGUAACUGACGAUUAUUUUCAGAAUGCAAUUGUUAUUUUCCUGAACCGUCCACAUAUGCCUUAUUGAUUUACUUGCUUUGGGAAACUUAAUCACUGAUUCUGUGAUUAAAUGAAGAAAUCAUCUGUGAAUUUCUAGUGUUUUUGUAUACUCUCUUUUUUUUACCAGAUGUGGAUAAUUUACAUUAAGGAUUAUUAUUUUAUGUGCUGUGUGAAUAAAACAUAAAAAUAUCAAA